AUGAUGUGCCAUUGUGUCAGCGAGCCGCCCGUGUUCGAUCUUCCGCCGCCGCCCGACCCGAGUCUGAUUUGGCAUCUCAUCAGCGAUGAGACGCUCGAUGAGGCCGUCGACGAGCAAUGCGGCACAUCGAAUCAAUUUGUGAGCAUCUCCGACAUUCGCGACACCAUCUCAUCGAUGAGCGACGACGUCGUCGUCAACGAUGACGACGAGCUCAUCGUCAACGUGCUCAUCGGCGUCGCCGUCGUCUCGAUUCUCCUGCUUGUCGCGAUUUGCGCGACGGUCGCGCGACGCGUUCGACAAAGGCAUCGCGAUCGGGCGACGUCGUCGUCGUCGAAGAAGUUGUCGUCGGACUCGAUGCUGGUCUCGCGCGAGCACCUCUGGACGUACAAUUCGAUGAAGCCCCGUCAGAUGGUCUACACGAACGAUUCGACGGCGGGCAGUCGCGUGUUUCAGCACACGCCGACGACGUUGCGCUCGUACGUCGGAAUGGCGCCGCCGCCGCCGCCGCCGAUGCGCCAUUCCGAAUCGACGACACUUCGCCUCAAUCCGCACGAGAACAGCGCGUACCACACGAUUUCGAUGGUCCCGCCGCCGCCGUCGGACCACUAUGAGGAGAUCGGCUAUUUGACGACGACGACGAAACGAAUGGCGUCGGUUCGACGACCGCCGCCGAGCUGUCGGCCGCCGCAACCGCCGACGACGACGACGCAAUCGCCGGCGUCGCUGAGCGACGCCAGCUACGACAGAGAGAUCAGCCGAAUCGCCAACGAGUCGCCGCGCCAGUGGGAUGACGGGUCGGGACGCGAGAGCGGCUACGGCACCGCGCCGCCGAGCCAUCAAUGGAAGAGCCCGACGGGCGGCAGCGCGUCGCCCUACGUGACGCCACAAACGAUGACCUACGUGUAG